AAUAAAAGGAGUUUCUCUCAUCUUAAGUCCAUAAAACGUAUCUAAUAUUAAAUGUAUUUUUAGCAUGAGUUCAACUACGUGACGGCAGCAGACUGACAGGAGCUCUCGUUAUUCUAUGAUCACGUUUUCUUUUUAGUAUUCAACGUUGCACUUUGCCAACAGUUGGGACGUAGAAUAAAGCUGGGACACACCCACUGUCACUGUACUUUAACAAAGCUAUACUGGUUGUCAGUUUCAUUUACAGCGAAGCUGUAAAGCAGGUUUGCGACACUUUCUCAUAAACGAUCAGUUACCCGGCGGCAGCAGUCUUACUCAGGAUGAUGAAGAUGGCAGGAAGAGCCAUGAUCUGCUGUGUAGCUCUGCUUCUCAUCCCGACCACAGUGUCAGCUGCACAGAGAUCGCUAAAUUCAAUCAACGAUCUGAAGAAAAUCCCCUUUGGUCAAUCGGUGCCCAUAUGCAGUCUUCUGCUGCUCUACUGGUUUGCCAACGCUGUUGACAUCGAAGGCAACGACACCAUGACGCUGACUUUUAACCCAGACAACAGAGAUUAUGGCUCACAUCAUUAUGGUAACUAUGAAGGACUGCUGGACCCGCUGCCUUGGGGUAAUUCAUACAAGUAUUACACUAUUGGUAGUCUCAAUCAAGACAGUGAAAUGUCACUCCCUCACUAUGUUGUCAGUCCCCCAGCAACAGUGUAUGGAGAAAGAAACAGGGACAGAAUCAUUGUUCGUAUCACGCAGCCAAACACAGGAAUGCGAGCGGUGCAGAGGAUAGACCAAGUGUACAUCACUCAGCACAUUGAUAAUGAGGGAGAAUAUGAUCCAGAUCACACCUACAGGAUCACUGCUAACCUCUUGAGAGAGAUCAGACGGUUUUCUGUUGGACAAAACCAACAGCGGCUGUUGCAAUUGAGAAACCAUUUUGGAAGCAACGCUGCAGUUUCCUCCAUCAGAAGCACAUGGGGGAACCUCGCUGGCCUUGGACUGCUGCUGUUAAUUGUGAUCCAGGGGAGCCGCUCUUUUUAUCAGCAAAGCUACACACAAGGAAGCAACUUCACACCUCAAAGCUACUACACACAGCAAAGCUACACACCAGGAAGCAACUUCACACCUCAAAGCAACUAUGGACGUGCAAACAUGCAAAAUGAUGGUUUUGUGAUGUGCAUUAUUCUUGCAUUAGUAGUGGUUGUUUUUGUCUUUGCCGUAUUUGGUCUUGCAACACAUGGCAAGUAGCUGGCGAGAGCGGAGGAAGAACAGUAGAUGGUGUAAACCGAGGUGAGACGGUACAGCUUUUUAAAGGGGGAUUAGGACCUUGAAGCCAGCAAUCUAUUGAAAGAAAUAAACAAGGAUCAAGCAGUACUUGUGAAUAAGGGCCAGGAGUAUUGCUUUGAUUUAACUCCUCAUAUUCAAUUUUAUUGUUUACUUUAUUAUGUUUAUGGUGAAAUAUUAUUCUUGGUAUAUCGUCUGGUGACGUGCUGCCAAAUUCCUUCAAUUCCCGAUGUCCGAGUAUCUUUAGAAUGUUCAGACCUUGUUGGAAAAACUGCAAUAAUGUUCCACUUUCGUACGACAGAAAGUCCAUGCUCAUCUGCACAGAGGUACACGGUGUUCUGGGUCAUCUGAUAAUCAAGACGUUUGUGCGUCAAUGUUCAUAAUCUUGUGGUGCCAGAGAUGAUCGUCUACAUCCGAGGGCGACUACCAGCACUUGGGUUUUGCCCAGAACCCCCACCCUGUUUUUCUUGCAACUAUGUGUUUCUGCUACAAAGAUGAAGACCUUGGAGUAGCCUUGACGCAGGACUUGUGUGUGUGUGUGUGUGUGAGAGCAAAAUCUAACUGAGCAAAAUCUUUCAUUGUAUAUUAUAAUACACUCAUCUUGCAUGGUCAUUAAGCUCCAAGAUUCAUUCAGGCAACACUGAAAUGCUUUAAUCUAAUAGAAAAGACUCCCUGGUCAUUCUUCCUGUACCUGAGAGAGGUACAACGGAGUCUACGCUCUGUUAACAGCAUUUGUAAUUGAUCAUGUUUUACCUUUAAAAAAAAUAAAACAAGUUUAUUUCA